AUGGACACGUUCUCUUCUAUGUCCAUGGAUGCAAGGCUUUUGCGCGCAAUUUCAAAAAUUGGGUUUCAUAAACCUACAUAUGUACAAAGUCAAGUUAUCCCAUUGGCAUUAGAGGGAAAAGAUGUUUUUGCACAAGCACGUACAGGAUCAGGAAAAACUGCUGCAUACUUAAUACCUAUUAUUGAGAGUCUUUUGAAAACGAAAAAAACACAGGAUCAACUAGAGACAAAAUCUAUAAUACUUGUGCCAACAAGAGAACUUGCAAGUCAAGUAGUUAAGAAUAUUAAAGAACUUACGUUUUACUGUGGGAAGAUUGUAAGAGUUGUGAAUUUAGCUGCCAAUAUUUCAGAUAAUGCUGCAAAAAUAUUGGUAUCCGAUUACCCUGAAAUUGUAGUUGGUACACCUUCUAGAAUCUUGGUUCAUUUAAAUGGAUCAAAUCUUCACGUUCAAGAAAGUUUGCAACAUUUAGUUAUUGAUGAAUUUGACUUAAUUUUGUCCUAUGGAUACUUAGAGGACCUAAAUCAUAUUAUAAGAUAUAUACCUAAGAGUGCUCAGAUGUUUUUAAUGAGUGCUACCUUAACUGAGGAUGUUGAUGAGCUGAAAAAAAUGAUUUGCAAAGAUCCAAUUAUAUUAAAACUAGAUGAGACAAAUAAAAAUGCUAAUCUUGUACAGUACAGUGUGAAUGAAGAUGAAAAAUUUCUUUUUGCAUUUGUUAUACUUAAACUUCGACUCAUAAAGGGAAAAAUUAUUAUAUUUGUCAAUAGUAUUGAUCGUUGUUAUAGACUAAAAUUAUUUUUGGAACAAUUUGGCAUUAGGUGUUGUAUUUUGAAUUCAGAACUUCCUGUUAACUCUCGUUUACAUAUCAUUGAGGAGUUUAAUAAAAAUAUAUAUAAUAUCAUAUUAGCAACAGACGAAAAUGAUUUAUUAAAAAAACCCGAUUCUGCUAGUAGCAUAAAAGGUAGAGUUAUAUUCUUUCUUUGUAUUUAUUUAAUAAGCAAUUCAGAAGAAAACAUAAAUUGUGAUACUACACAAGCAGUCUUGAAAAAUAAUUCGUCAAAAAAACAAAAAAAGAUACACAGAGAUAAUGAAUAUGGAGUAUCUCGUGGAAUUGAUUUUAAAAAUGUAACUUGUGUAUUAAAUUUUGAUCUUCCAACUACUGUGAAAUCAUAUAUACACCGAUCUGGGAGGACAGCUAGAGCAGAUAAAGAUGGAAUGGUUAUGUCGUUCAUUGUCCCGGAAAAUUUAUGGGGAAAGCAUAAAAGUACUAUACUAGAAAGUGCAAAAUACGAUGAAUCAAUAUUUCAAGCAAUAGAAAAAGAUCAAGAGGCUAAAGGAGCUACAAUUAAACCCUAUAGUUUUAAUAUGGAGCAUGUUAAUGCAUUCAGAUAUCGAAUGGAGGAUGCAUUAAGAGCUAUAACAAGAACAGUUAUAAGAGAGGCUCGAGAAAAAGAAUUGAGAAUGGAAAUACUUUCAAGUAAAAAACUUAAAGAAUAUUUCGACGAAAAUCCAAAUGAUUUGGAGCAACUUCGACAUGAUAAAGAACUUCAUCCAGCAAGAAUUCAACCACACCUCAAACAUAUUCCUGAUUACUUACUUCCAAAGAAAGACCGAAUAAAUAUUAUUGAAAAUAUUGGACAUGUUAGCUUUCAUAAAAAAGACCCUUAUCGAACUCGAAAAGCUCGUAUUUCUAAAUUUAAAAAAAAAGGAAGACAUUUUAAAAAUAAAAACGACCCUUUGAAAUCUUUUAAAUAG